AGCCUUUGUUUUCCAUUCCAUUGUUCCUGUUCUCUUCUCAGAUCAGAUUAAUCUUCUGUCACAUAUUUUUUUUUUGCGAUCUAAUUUUUUUGCGAUCUAAAGGAUUUCUUCAAUUCUCCUUGAAGAUGCAGAUCUUUGUGAAAACACUUACUGGUAAGACCAUUACCCUUGAGGUCGAGAGCUCAGACACCAUCGAUAAUGUCAAGGCUAAGAUUCAAGAUAAGGAAGGAAUUCCUCCAGACCAACAACGUUUGAUCUUCGCUGGUAAGCAGUUGGAAGAUGGAAGAACUCUAGCUGACUAUAACAUCCAGAAGGAGUCAACUCUCCAUCUUGUCCUUCGUCUUAGAGGUGGUAUGCAAAUCUUUGUCAAAACCUUGACUGGUAAGACCAUCACUUUGGAAGUCGAGAGCUCUGACACCAUCGACAACGUCAAGGCUAAGAUUCAAGAUAAGGAAGGAAUUCCUCCAGACCAGCAACGUUUGAUCUUCGCCGGAAAGCAGUUGGAAGAUGGUCGCACUCUUGCCGACUACAACAUCCAGAAGGAGUCUACUCUCCAUUUGGUGCUUCGUCUCAGAGGUGGUAUGCAGAUUUUCGUCAAGACCCUUACUGGAAAGACCAUCACCUUGGAGGUUGAGAGUUCUGACACCAUCGACAACGUCAAGGCCAAGAUCCAAGAUAAGGAGGGUAUCCCCCCAGACCAGCAACGUUUGAUUUUCGCCGGAAAGCAGUUGGAAGAUGGUCGCACUCUUGCUGACUACAACAUCCAGAAGGAGUCUACCCUCCAUUUGGUGCUUCGUCUUAGAGGUGGUAUGCAAAUCUUCGUGAAGACUUUGACUGGAAAGACCAUCACUCUUGAGGUGGAGAGCUCAGACACCAUCGAUAAUGUUAAGGCUAAGAUCCAAGAUAAGGAGGGUAUUCCUCCAGAUCAGCAGAGGUUGAUCUUUGCCGGAAAGCAGUUGGAAGAUGGUCGCACCCUUGCUGACUACAACAUCCAGAAGGAGUCUACCCUCCAUUUGGUGCUUCGUCUACGUGGUGGUAUGCAGAUCUUCGUUAAGACUUUGACUGGAAAAACCAUCACUCUUGAGGUGGAGAGCUCGGACACUAUUGACAAUGUUAAGGCCAAGAUCCAAGAUAAGGAAGGGAUCCCUCCAGACCAGCAACGUUUGAUUUUCGCAGGAAAGCAAUUGGAGGAUGGUCGUACUCUUGCUGAUUACAACAUUCAGAAGGAGUCCACCCUUCACCUUGUCCUCCGUCUUCGUGGUGGUAACUAGAGUAUCUGUUGAUGGUGUUUCAGCUAUGGCUUGAUGAUUUGGUAUCGUUUGUGUUCCCUUAGUUGGACGAACUUUAUGUUAAUGUUUUCGUUCUCUCUUUUAGGAUUUCCCUUAUGUUCCAUUCACUGCAUCAACAGUCAAGUGCAGUGUUAUCAUCGUCUGUGGUUCUUUUGUUAUUAAAUAAAUUGUUGCUUUAGUAAACUGGUUUUGAGCUUAUGGUAUUUUCUAUUUAGUCUUCUA